GUAUCGCCGCUUUGGGUCUCUUUCUGAAAUCAAACCGAAAACAACAGUCGUGGGAGGCGGACGUGCGCUCUCCAGAAAGAAGCCGAGAAACAAGACAAAAUAGCCUAACAAACAAACAGCAAAACGCUUCAUCGUGCAAAUGCAAAUAAAUAUGAUUUAAAUUGAUUAAUUCACAAUUAAUAGAAUUUAAUUCGUGUACGGUGGAGAGGAAUAACGGUUCUUUCUGUUCGGCGUGUUUCGUUAAUACGAUUGUUUGUACGUACGUGCGUGUGUAUGACAGUGUGUGUGUGUGUGCGCGAAACGGAAAUAAGAAAUAAACAAGAAGCAAGAAACAACAAAAGCGACGGCGGCCAAGUGUAAGCAAAAAAAAAAAAAGUGAAAAGGAAGACAAAAUAGGAAAUUCGUUGAAUGCAGAUGCAACUGCAACAACAACAACAACAACAGCAACAGCAAGAAAAGCGCCGAACAAAACGCCAGAGUGCAAGUGCAACGCGCCAAUAUAAUGUGUGCGUGUGUGUGUGUUUGUGAGCGGCGGAAGUAGAAACGUUUGACUUGUUUUAUUCUUCUUCUUACAACAUCAUCUACUUUUUUUAUUUGGUCCGCUUUGUGGCUGACAUUCGUCGCAACGAAAACAAAAACAGAGAGCCAGGAUUAGCCUCCCAAAAGUACCGUUACCGUUCUCUGAGCCCCUCCCCCUUCGCUCAAAAAGCAAAUAUACAAACAACAACAAUGGCCACUUGGCGCGUCACCAGCAGAUAGCAACAACACCAACAACAACAACAAGAACGAAGCAAAAGCUAAAGCAAAUUCUGGGAUCUGGACAUAUCCGCUUCCGCGUUGCUUCUGUCGCAAAAAAAAGAAAAAAGCUCAAGAAUCAAGAAUCGAAGCCCCAACGCAAACAGAAAAAGCAGUACGAGUCACCCACAGUACGCACAGUGGAGCAAACAGAUAACUGCAUCUUGUGGCAAACUCUAGUGGCUCCACCACUAACUUAACCAACCCAAAAACCACUUCCUUCACACACACUGGCUGCAUGUCCAAAAUGAAAAUGCUCCCAGUACAGUUAUCGUUGAACCAGCUGAAUCCCGGCAUCUGGAGUGAUGUUUUGUGGCGCUGCCCCCCAGCGCCAUCCAGUCAGCUGGCAGAGCUGAAGACUCAAUUACCGCCAUCCCUGCCCUCUGAUCCGCGUCUAUGGAGUCGCGAAGAUGUCCUUGUCUUCCUGCGGUUCUGUGUCCGUGAAUUCGAUCUCCCAAAGCUCGACUUUGAUCUCUUCCAGAUGAACGGUAAGGCGUUGUGCCUUCUAACACGAGCGGAUUUUGGUCACAGGUGUCCGGGUGCCGGGGAUGUUCUGCACAAUGUCCUUCAGAUGCUGAUCAUUGAGUCGCAUAUGAUGCAGUGGCACCUGCCCAACAGCCCAGUUACACCGACCAGUCGUUAUCCCCUGUCGCCGCACAGCCAUCCGCCGACGCCCACGUGGCCGCCACUCAACGCUCUGCCGGAGAGCAGUCCCUUCCACAGUACGGCCCAGGGGCUGGCGGGUCAUCAUUUUAUGGCCCCCAACUCGGUCACCCUCAGCCCGCCGCCGUCCGUCGACUCCCAGGCGAGUAGUCCACCCCAGGCGCCGUAUCAAAAUGGAGGAGGAGCACCGGGAGCAGCAAGUAGUGGAGGAGCACCAACAGCUGGUGGAUCCACGACCGGAGCAGCAGUUCCAACUACCAGCAACACGGCCUCCUCGAGCGCCAGCAGUACCGCCAGCAAUGGCUCCCAGCCGCAGAUGAUCAUGCCGAUGAAGGGCAUCAGCAGUGCCAGCAGCAAUCACUCCGACUCCGAGGAGGAGUUCAACGAGACGGGUGCUGGAGUGGGUAAGAUGCCGCCAGCACCGCUCUCCUACAGCACGGCCAGUCCGCCGGGAACGCCCAUCUUGAAAGACAUUAAGCCCAACUGGUCGCAACAGCUAACGAAUAGCUUUGUGAACUCCUGGUCGCAACAACAGCAGCAGCAGCAGCAACAACAACAACAGGCUGCAGCAGCGGCGGCAGCAGCAGCAGCAGCGGCAGUCCAAGCCCAGCAGCAACAGUUGCAACAACAGCAGCAGCAGCCCCAGAAGCUGACAUUGGAGAACACAGGUGGUCCAGUUGUGGCUCCCGCCGGAGGUUCCAUCUCCGCCCCGACCACGCCCAGUUAUAUGUACAAGAACAAGCGCGAGUUCUUCCCGGAGAACUCCGAGCCCAACACAAAUGGCCGCCUUUUGUGGGACUUCCUGCAGCAGCUGCUGAACGAUCGCAACCAGAAGUACAGCGAUCUGAUAGCCUGGAAGUGCCGCGACACCGGUGUCUUCAAGAUCGUCGAUCCCGCCGGCCUGGCCAAGCUCUGGGGCAUCCAGAAGAACCAUCUGUCCAUGAACUACGACAAGAUGUCGCGCGCUCUGCGCUACUACUAUCGCGUCAACAUUCUGCGCAAGGUGCAGGGCGAACGACAUUGCUACCAGUUCCUCCGCAAUCCCACGGAGCUCAAGAACAUCAAGAAUAUAUCGCUUUUGCGCCAAACGACGCCGGCGUCGGCUGGUAAUGGUGGCGGCUCUGCCAUGCCCCAGGGUGGCAAUCAGGCGCCCGGUAGUCCAGCUGCACAGAAUUGGAACUCCCAGCAGCAGCAACAGCAGGGUCAGCAACAGUCCCAGCAACAGUCGCCCCAGCGUCCCCCAUCCCGGAAUGGACCGAUGAGCUUGCCAGCCGUGGCAGCUGUGGCGGCAGCAGCUGCCGCUGCCUACGGUCCACCGCCCACAUCGCCGCUCUUCAUGCACGCGAUCAACGGUGCCUUCCAUUACUUGUCGGCGGCGGCAGCCGGUCCGCCGCCCAACUCCCCUGCCCUGAACUGCUCGACUCCCUCGACCGUUGGCGGCGGUCCCGACAAAUUCCAGUUUCAUCCCCUGAAGCUGGAGAACACAUCGGGAUCGGGAUCGGGCUCGGAGAGCGCUGGCGAGGAUCUGAAGCCCACGGAUCUGAGUGUGAGCAGCAAAAGUAAUCCCGCCAGCAACGAGGACUGCUACCCACUCAUCCGGAAUGCUGAUGGUCUAACUACCAUCAAGCUGAUACGCUACAACGAUCACUCGCCGGCUGAGCAGUCGCCCAAGACGGAAACGGAUCAGCAGUCCACCGUGGAGAGCAGUUCACCCAGGCCCAUGGAGCAGGCCAGUGAACAGGCCCAGCCCGUGCCCAUGGACAGUGAGUGCAAUGGUGGCGAAUCGGAGGACUCGUUCCGUCACGGCAUGCGGCAGUAGGAGGAGCAGCAGAGCAGAAUCCUGUGACAAUCACCUAUCUUCCAUUAACCCACCCACCCAUCCAUCCAUCCCCGAGCACACAACAUUACCUGAUCUAAAAAAAAAAAGAGAAAAAAAGUAUAAAAAAUUAGGGACCAGCACAAAAAGCGCACAGAUAAUGGACAUACAUGGAUCUGGAUGCCUUUUAGAGUUGGGUUGUGAGGACUUGUAUAUAAGGACUUGUAUCUGAAAGGAUCUGAAAGUAUUCAAAGUUUAAGUUUUAAAAUCGUACAUGUACGAACAUGUUUUUGAAGAUCAAUACUCAUUUUUUGUCAGUUGGAAAACCUAUUCUCUAAAAGAUUGAAUUUCUCUCGAAGAUUACUUAUUAUCCUUUUGUUUAUUUACAAUUCCAAGCAACCCAACUUUCUGUAAAUAGAAAAAAAAACCAUUCAUAUUUGCAUUAAAAACAUACAUACAUACAUGCUUACAUCAAACAUACAUACAUACAUACAUACAUAUAUUUAUUAAGUUUAAGCUAAGAGUGCAUGUAAUUUCGUUAUUGUAAGUAGAUUUCUUGAGCCGGCGCAGCGCAGCCUUCGAUUAUGUGCCAAUUUCUACAAAUAUCAAACAAAAAAAAAAUAAGAAAAAAUGAAAAACAAAAAUUUAAGCUUAAGUUUAAGCGAUUACAUCAAUCAUACGAGUAGCGAGUAACGAGUAAUUUCUAGCGAGUAGCGAUUAGACUUUAAGUGUUGCCACCUUUGAGCUUUACAAAUGUUGCCUCAACAAUGGUUUCAAAUUUAUGAAAACGUAAAACAAAAAAAAAUGCAAAACAUUGUUACAAAAAAACAAACACCACACACAUGAAAUACGAAAGAAAAUGAAGAAUGAAAUUUGAAUUGUUGGCGAAAUUGUUAAUUAAUAUACACACACAAGUCUGCAUAGGAAGGAGUUGAUUUCUUGUGAUAACCGAUAUAUCUUUGAUUCACAUUUGGCCUCACGAGGUGAUCCCUAGAAAAGUAACGGAACUGCAACAGUAUCGUAUUUAAAUAAAAAUGGAUCAGGCCGAAAAAAAGAGAGCUUUCAAAAUUCAAUUUCAAUUGAGACCCCUAGCCGUAGAAAAAAACAAAACAAAAAAAAAAAGAAGAAAUGUCAGCAAGAGAACACAUUAAGAACAUUAUUGGCUUCCAUUUUUUAAAAGCUUAUGAUAACACAAGCAUAUAUAUAUGUAUACACAUUAGUUUUCUAUUAUUAUUAUUAUUAUUAUUAUCAUUAUUAUUAUCAUUAUUAUUAUUUGUAUGUUAGUUUAAGUGGCUGCUAUUUGAAAGGACAGCCCAGCGCAGAAGGUGUUCAUUUAAGAAUUAACAAUUUUAGUUUUUAAAACGCUUACGAUCUUACCAACCAACCACCCAGCCACCAACCACCCAGCACCCCUUCACAAUUGCUAAAAAAACAAAAAAAAAAUAUGAAAACAAUAGAAAAUGUACAUUUUUUGAAGCACUUUAUUAAUUAACAUUAAUCGGAAUGAAGUAAUGCCAAGGAGCGAUAUCAUCAAUGCACGUUCAUAAGUUCAUAGAUUGUAGUGCAACAAACUGUAAUUAUUAAUUAUUGUGUAGGAUCUAUGCUAAAAAAAUUAAUUUUCUAUUUGUUUUUUCGUAUGCCUUAAGUUUAAACACCGCCAAUAGCUAAUAAUUAGCACUAUAGUGUCGCCACAAUACCUGUUCUUCCAUUGAAAACUUUAAAUUUCGAUCAAUACAUAAUUUAUAUAUGUAUAAAAAAAAAAAGAAUAAACGAAACAAAUUUAUAUGCAAUAAAUAAAUUGAAAAAUGAAAUCCAA